GGGAAAGAUUAAGAUGUCUGUGUUUGGAGAGUAUGUUGAUAUUGUUAAAGCUUUUCUUGCUGUUGAUGGUGUUGGUCUUGCAGUUAUUGUUGUUCAGUUUGCUAAGAUCAAGACUUACAAAGGAGAAGUUGUUAUCCAGAAUGUUAUGCAAGCUACAAAGCUAUUGUGGAAUGCUAAAAUUCCAGAGGUUGCUGUAUUUCGUGAUGGGUUGGCCUUGCAUGGUAUUGAUGCUCAGAUUCCUAUUGGUCAUAUUGGUGGUGGAUUCCACAAUAUUCCUCCCCAUGAGGAGUUCAUUACAAUGUAUCCUAGGAAGACUAUUUUGGAGCUACAUGACACAGAUGAGGAGGGUUUGUUUGUAGUCUUAGCAACUUUUAGUCAAUUGGUUGAUGGGGAGAAGUGGUGGUACUCAUCUUGCCGCUGCCGCAGAGCUGUGACUAUUGAGGAUGGGAUGUUUUAUUGUUCUGCUUGCUCCACUGCUGUUCUAGAUGUUACUCCUAGAUUUCGUCUCAAGGUGGAGGUUUAUGAUGGAGAUGAGGUUGCCACGUUUGUGCUGUUUGACACUGAUUGUCAGCAUAUUUUAAAGAAGAGCUGCAGAGAGAUAGUUUUAUGCUCAAAGGGUAAAUCUGCUGAUGAAGAAUACCCUGAUGUUAUGAAGUCAAUCAUUGGGAAGGAAGUUCUCUUCAAAGUUGAAAAGUCAAGUGAUCAUGGGAUGAAGUAUGAUGAUUCAUACAAGGUUAAAAAGAUCUGUGAUGACUUGGCAAUAAUUGAACUUUUCAAGGACAAAACAAAGAUUCAAACUCCAACUAAGCUUCUUACUGACCCAUUUGCUACAAUAUCUUCAUCUGAGGACAAAGAAUCUCUUUUCAGUGAGAAAUCAGUUGGUUGUUCUAGCGAAACAUCUGCGGUUGCUGAAACCAGUGUAUCUCUUGAUGACCUUUCCCCAUUUGAAGGUGCAUCAAUUUGUUCAGUUGCUGGCAACUCUGAGAAUGAUGGUUUAAGCAAUUUCAACCCUGAAACUGAUGGUUUAAGCAUUGCCAACUCUGAAAGUGAUGGUCGAACCUUGACCAGGCCUGCAAGAAAGAGGAAGUUGGUCAAUGUGAAGACUGAAAAGUGA